AUGUCGCAAAGUCCCCCCGAGCGAGCGUUGCGUGCGGAUGUGUGGUAUCUGAAGGAGAUUGCCUUUGGAGAGGGGGACGCGAGGAAGAACUACAAGAUCAUCACGCAGAACUACAAUGGGCCUUGCUCGCUCAUCGCAAUAUGCAACAUCCUUAUCCUCCGCGACAAGAUCGAGGUUCUCCCUGCGUCUCGCAAGACUGUCUCGUACGACUACCUUGCUCAGCUGGUCGCGGACUACCUCAUUAAUAACUGUCCCGACCUCGACAUCUCUGCCGCACUGUCUAUUCUUCCGCACACCCAAGAGGGCAUGCACCUCAAUCCAGUCUUUACGGACGCAGCCAGCUUCCGCGCAGGCUCUGGUGGCGAACUUAACCUCUUCGAACAGGCAGGCAUCCGCCUCGUCCAUGGGUGGCUUGUCGACCCGUCAGGGCCAGAUGCACAGAUUGUGGCAAGAUACCCCGACUACGAUGCCGCUGUCUCCCUCAUUGCUGAGGCAGACCACCUGACGAAGGGUCAACUUGUAGUGGAGGAUAUAGACCCUAAUGCUGCAGGACCAAGCCCAAGUGCCGCCGAGCCAUCGACCUCGGGUGCAGGCCCAAGUAAUGGUCGUCCGUCUACGUCUUCCUUGCGAUACAGUCCCGAGGACCAGAACAAGAUACGGGAUGCCAUCGCCCUCCGCGCCUGGCUGGACGCGAACCAGUCGCAGCUCACCUACCACGGACUUUUCCACCUCGCCUCCUCCCUCCCACCAGGCGAACUCGUCGCCCUCUUCCGCUCCUCGCACCUCGCCGUCCUCUACAAGGCCCCACAAGACGGCGGCCUUUACUCCCUAUCGACCGACGCGGUGUUUCUGCACGAACCCAGCAUCGUGUGGGAACGACUCGAGGACGUCGAUGGCGGAUGGUCGACCUUCGUGGAUAGCGAUUUCAGGAAGUCGAGUCCGGCGGGAGGCGACUUUGCGGCGUUGGCGCCGGAGCAAAUAGCGAUGGAUAGUGGUGAUAUGGCGGACCACCAACUCGCGCAACAACUGCAAGCAGAAGAGGAGCGCAGAGCACGCGCCGCACAGGAGCGUUACGAGCGCGAAAAGGAGGCCAAGAGGCAACAGAUGGCAGCGGAUAUGGAGGAGCAGCGCCAGAAGCAGUUGGCGAAGAAGAAGAGCAAGGACUGCGUUAUAAUGUGA